GCGUGUGGAUCAUGCCCUCAGUGUGCUGCUGACUGAUAUCAGAGCCACACCAUAUGCUUUCACCUGAUCCGUGCGGAUAUUAACAAACAUUCACCUGGAUUUCAUCACCUGGAGAAAGAAUGCGGCGCGCUUUAAUAGACCAGGGAAACUAUUACAGUUAGGAUCUGGAUCUGUGUCUUUGUAUCCCGAUGUCUUCAUCUGAGCCGCUGCUGCUGCUGGGUUUCUCUCUCGUUACAGAGGCGGCGCGCGGCAGCAUCACGGUAUCGCGCGUCGCGUUGCGCACGGCGAGCUGAGCUGCGCGGCGCGUCAGUUGGACACUCCGGACACUUCUGCGCGCGCUUCAUUGUGAUCUAGCGGAUAAUAUGUUGUGAUUGGACUUAUUUUGAGGAUAACGCACGGAUUUUUAUCCUUUGGAUGUUUCUUGAUUUACUGAGGCUUUUAUGAAGCUCUGGUCUGUAUGGACCCCAUUUAAGCUUCCCUCAAAGGAACUGAGUCUAAAAUGAAGUUAUGGGACAUUCUAGCCACGUGUUUGUUGCUCCUGUGCUCGGUUUCCGCACGUCCCGUCUUCCACAAGCUGCAGUCAUCCAAAAGAGCUGUCAUCCGCAGUGAGACGCCCGCUCUGGACCCCAUCAUUGACUCCCAAUCUGAAACCACGCACCAAAAACAAGCCUCCAUGGAGGAACAAUAUGACGCGAACAGCCUUUACCCCGAGCAGUUCGAGGACGUGAUGGACUUCAUCGAAGCCACGAUCGGCCGACUGCGCAGAUCCUCCGACAUGGACUCAGGAACCAAGCAGGGCAGGGGCCAGAGGAAAGGAGCGACAAACAUCGAGAGGAGCAGACGGGGGCGAGGAGAACGAAAGAAGGGUCGAGGACGAGGCCGAGACGACAAGGUCAAAGGUCAAGGGCGUGGGUGCCUGCUGAAAGAGAUCCACCUCAACGUCACAGACCUGGGCUUGGGUUACAGGACCAAAGAGGAGCUGAUCUUCCGCUACUGCAGCGGCCCGUGUUUGGACGCCGAGACCAACUACGACAAGAUCCUCAACAACCUCACCCACAACAAGAAGCUGGACAAGGAGACGCCGUCUCGGACUUGCUGUCGACCGGUCGCGUUCGACGACGAUAUCUCGUUCUUGGACGACAGCUUGGAAUACCAUACUCUGAAGAAGCAUUCGGCUAAAAAGUGCGCUUGUGUUUGACGGACGAAAUCCAGAACGAAACGCUUCAGACUGGGCCGCGGGACUCUCUGAAAGAGAUACAGUCAGUAUUCAGUUUGUUACCAAACCACAUCCGUUUAUCCAGCAACAAACAUGGUGGAAUAAGGAGCGUGACGCACCUGCAGUGGAUUAUCACGUUUACACAGCGACAGACUCCACAUCUUAAAAUAUCCAGAAAGCUAUCUAUCUAUCUAUAUAUAGUAUAUAUGAAAAUGUAUUUAUUGAGAUUUAAUUAAGUUAUUGUUAUUUAUUGCAAUCCAUUGUAUUAGAGUGUUUGUUUCUCUUAUUUAUUUAAAGAGGGUUUUUUUGUUCUCUAUCUUGGAUGGUGCCAGAUUUGAGUUUUUAAAGCAGCCGUUCCAUUGGCUUGGCUUCCAUUCAAUGAAGGCGGAUGGAGAUGUAUACGGUUUAAUUUAGCUCAUUGAAAAUAGUGAAUAUAACCUAUGCACUAUAUUUAAAGUCUUCUGAAGUCAUAUGAUUAAUCUGCUCGAGGAACAGACCUAAAUAUAAAAAUCUAAGUGUCAAAAACACUGAAUAAGAAAUGGUGCAUUUAGACUCAUCAUUGCAUCCAAACCUCACUGAUUUGAUGCACAAGCAUGAAAAAUGCAUGGGAUUUGGAAGCUACUGUUCAUUUGUUGAUGAUGUUAAAGAUAAAUUUGUGUUUGUUCCUCACAGAAAGCAUCACAUGAUUCGAGAAGACAUGAAAAAUAAUGCAAAAGGGCAUGAGCUUGAGUAAAUCGGAGAGAAUCUUUAGACGAGCGAAAGGAAAGCAGAUAAACACGACCCAUCCGUGACGUUCGGAAAAGACGCCACCAGACCAUUGUUUCUUACAAGAAAAAAACAGACAAUGACCGGGCAGAGGACCAAGUAUUAUUGUAGAAAAUAAAAAGCUGAUGUUGUCUUGCAAAAAAGCUAAAGUUUUGAUUAUUUGCUGUCAUUAAAAUAGGCAGUGUGCUCAAACCGGACCUCAGAUGGCUCGUCUCCAAUUAUCUCUUUAAAAUACGGUCUGGCCUGACGUGUUUACAUCUCACUGUAAUGAAAUCAGUGCCAGAGACCGCCUGUGCCGAGCCGAGCUCCACAAAUGGACUGUUUGAUCAGAGCAAAUAAUGUUACAUGUGACCUGUGUAAACCAGGAGCGACCGCUGAGGUCAAACCCGCUGUUUAGCCAUUAAUCUGGACAGAAAACACCGUGGACCACCGACCUUUAAGACCAAUUAUGUCAGAUCAGCUUUGUCUGCUCUAACCGACUUGAAAUAAACUUCUCAACAGGAUCAGUUCUCUCAAUUCUAGAGCAGUCUGGGGCUUCGACUGUAAACAAGCCUGAAUUAAGACAAAACCCCGGCUUUCUUGUGCGUUAAGCCCAAAGUACACUUCAGGUGCGUCCCAAAUCACGUGCUUGUGCACUAUUCUAUUCUAUGACGUUUUGCAGUAUAACUAGUGUGUUACUACAAACAUAAAAAGUGCACUUUAAACACUCUGGAUGAUGCACUUCAAUAGAAAUUGUUAUGGGUUUAAUUAGGCAGCGAAGGGGGAGGAGCUAUCAGACUCUGAUUAUGAAUGACAAAAUAACCAUAGCUACAUAAUUCAUACUGUUAAUGGUUGAAUACAUAGUGCAUAAGAACAUAGUGUAUUAGUGCACCAUUUGGGACUAUAGCAUCACUUCUGAAGAGUAAUUAUCUGGUGAAGCAGAUUUAGUCGCUGAAAAGGGGCGGAGCUACAUAAAGCUACAUUGGAUAGUGCGUGCGACUCAUGUGCUCUAUAACGUUAAUUUUAGUCCAGUGUCUGCGCUAUUUUUCUAUGGAAGUUAUGACUGAUAAAUAUAUGUUUAGCCUAUAAAAUAAUAUUGUGGUGUUAUAGAAAUAUAGUGGUUCGCGUACUAUUCUGAUGACGAAAUUUGCGUCUCGCGCACUCUACGCACGAAAUCCACCGAAGUAUACUUUGGGUUUUACUGUUGCAUUAUGAUGGAAAAAGUCCAACCGUUUCAAGAAGUAUCUCUGUAAAGCACGAGGUGCCUCUUUUAUCAGGAUAUAUUUCAUCAGCCGCUCCACUUUAAUCAUGAUAAACACACUUUGCCGCCAAAACACGCAUUCGCUGCGAUCCUCUGUCCUGACGUAUGACGCUUUGCUCGACGCACACGUCCUGAGUGUGUAACUCACGCUCGUGGAUUCCUCGAAAGAGAACAUUCAAGAUAAGAGUUCAAAUGUCUGCUGAAACUCAUUUUCCGUCCUGCAUUGUUCGUCGAUCCUGAGACGUUUUGUUUUGUUUUGUUUUGUUUGUGUUACUGAACCAAAGCUCUCUACAGACUUUAUUUUUGUACAAUAUUUCAUUUUAUACCUUUUUACAAAAUAAAUCUCAU